GUUUUUUUCCCUUCUUGAGCAGAAGGUGGCAGGAAGGGGAGGCUCUAAUCUAUUGCAGAUGGCUGCUAACAACUAGGCCAAAGGCCACGUGCAGCUGCAAUCUGCCCGUUUAUUGUGAGAUGUAUUUAUUUCUUAGCAUUUGUUGUGGUUUUUCUCCAGCAGCUCAAGGAGCGGUACGUAGCUCUCCCUCCUCCGGUUUUCUGAUGACAAAAACUCUGUGGGGUAGUUCAGGCUAAGGGAGAGUUGCUGGCUCAAAAUCACCCCAUGAAUUUUCAUGGCUGAAGAUGGGUUGGGGUGACUUAGGUGUGCUUGGAAAUCCUUCCAAAGAAACUCCUAAUUUAGACCAGAUGGCUGCAGAAGGGAUGCUGUUUCCAAGCUUCUACGCUGCCAACCCUCUUUGUUCACCAUCCAGGGCAGCGCUCCUGACAGGCCGUCUCCCUGUAAGGAAUGGCUUCUACACCACCAAUGCCCAUGCCAGAAACGCCUAUACGCCCCAGGACGUAACUGGGGGCAUCCCAGAUUCUGAACUCCUCCUUCCAGAAUUGCUGAAGAAAGCAGGCUAUGCCAAUAAGAUUGUUGGAAAAUGGCACCUGGGCCACCAACCUCAGUUUCAUCCCUUGAGGCAUGGAUUUGACACAUGGUUUGGAUCUCCCAAUUGCCAUUUUGGACCGUACGAUAACAAAGCCACCCCCAACAUCCCGGUAUAUCGGGAUAAGGAAAUGAUUGGCAGGUAUUACGAAGAUAUAAAAAUUGAUCAUAAGUCGGGGGAAGCAAACCUGACUCAAAUGUAUUUACAGGAAGCCCUCGAUUUCAUUAGCAGUCAGCAAGCCAGCCAUCAGCCGUUCUUUCUCUAUUGGGCGAUCGAUGCCACUCACGCUCCCGUGUAUGCCUCCAGGGACUUCCUGGGCACAAGCCAAAGAGGGCUGUAUGGUGAUGCUGUGCGAGAAAUUGACUAUAGCAUUGGGAAAAUUCUUAGGCACCUUCAAAAGCUGAGUAUAAGCAACAACACCUUUGUAUUUUUUACAUCUGACAAUGGGGCUGCCCUCAUUUCAGCCCCAGAACAAGGGGGCAGCAAUGGUCCUUUCCUAUGUGGCAAGGAAACUACUUUUGAAGGUGGCAUGAGAGAACCAGCGAUUGCCUGGUGGCCAGGACAUGUACCUGCAGGACAGGUGAGUUACCAGCUGGCCAGCGUGAUGGAUCUCUUCAGCACCUGCCUCUCCCUGGCAGGACUGCAGCCUCCCAGCGACAGGCAGAUCGACGGCAUCGACCUGCUGCCUGUCCUCCUGCAAGGCAAGUUAAUUGAUAGACCAAUAUUUUAUUACCGUGGCAACGAGAUGAUGGCAGUGCGGGUUGGGCAUUACAAGGCCCAUUACUGGACCUGGAGCAAUUCCUGGGAGGAGUUCAGCCAGGGCAUCGAUUUCUGCCCUGGGCAGAACGUUUCUGGCGUCACCACCCACGACCAAGAGGAGCACUCCAAGCUCCCGCUGCUCUUCCACUUGGGAAGGGACCCUGGAGAAAAGUAUCCAAUCAGCUUCUCCAGCGCUGAGUACCGGUCUGUUUUGAAAAGAGUCUCUCCCAUUGUCCAAGAGCACAAGGCAAUGCUGAUCCCCGGGCAGCCUCAACUGAACGUCUGCGACAAGGCAGUCAUGAACUGGGCUCCUCCAGGCUGUGAGAAGCUGGGGAAGUGUUUGAAAUCUCCCCCUCGCAACCCGAAGAAGUGCUUUUGGCCUCACUGAGUGCUUGGCCUUGGCAAACCCCACUUGCUGCUGUCCAGCAGCUGUGGCCACCCAGCCCUGGGGACGGUGAAGUGGGCUGCUGCCACUGCUGCUGCACGUUCAGAAGAAAGCAUCAUUGCAAGAAUUAUUUCAGAAGGAUCGCUUUGGUCCACGGGUCCCCCAUCCUUGAUCUCAGGGUGACUUUAAUCUCUCUGCACUGAGCCCUCAGGAAACAAAAGAACGCUUCUUACCUUUGCAAGCUGCAAAUUCUCCUGUCAGAGAAACCGCCUCCCCUGAACUGGUUGCGAAUGGGGGGUCUGUGCGCUCCGGAUCUGCGGGGGCAUCUUGGUGCCCCCAGAAGUCGUGUGGGUUCCAGAGCUGCUGCAGAUUUACCAUGCUGGACUCCAUUGUUCAGGGGAAUGUUUGGGGCGGCUGGGGACCAAGAUGCGAUCCCACUGGGUGUGGGGCCGCUUCUGUGAGAGGAGCAUUAGCAAGGUUUGCGGGGUUUGAGAGCGUAGCCAGGGGUGCAGAGGAAUUGGGCUGGAAAAGGUUCGUGGAACCACCGACUCAGCAAGCGACUCGCCUGUCAGUAGCGCCUUACAGGAACACCUAAGUGGAACCUCCGUGUUCAGUGGCAGUGUGGCUGUGCAGAACAGAUGCUUAAGAAUAAGUUAAAAGGCAAGGCUGCUCCUUCCUCCUUGUCCAGGUACCAGCAUCCUUGAAACACCUGGCUCGCCACUGCAAGGGCCAGAAUUCUCUAUGCAAAACUAUGACUAACAUCCUUUUCAAGACGCGGGUCCCCAGUAGUCCCACCACAGGCUUCUCAGGACGUGCCAAAUCCUUAGUGAAGAAGCUACUGCUAUCGUGGGUUUUUUAAAAAAAGAAACAUGAUUCUGACAGAAUUAAUUUUAUAUCUGUUGAUGCCAAUUUUUAAGAAAUACUGCUGUGCAAUUGUAAGAAAUGAAGGCUGAUGCAAUAUUCGA